AUGCUGUUCCUCGCUCUAGGACUCAUGUUUUUACAUGGGUCCGUCGCGCAACGUGAUAAUGACCUCUACUCCUUUGUCACACUCCCUGAAGUGCGGGCACUGAAAUUUGAGAUCAAACAUAUCGACCGAGAGCGACAACAGCCGGGAUACUGGUUUGUGGCCCCGUAUGGUCAAAUUGACCCUGAGGCAUCGACGCACAGGUACACUCAGUACCAAAUUGGUCCGUAUAUCUAUGAUAAUGAUGGCAUGCUUAUCUGGGCCGGGUCACCGAUGUACGACAACCGAAAUGUUUUUGACUUCAAAGCGAACUGGAAUAUCGACGACGACCCCCAUCUAUCCUUCAUUAUCCAGCAUGACGACCAAGUCAAAGGAAGCGGAAUGAUCCUGAACACCAAUUACGAGAUCGAACAUGAAGUGGACGUGGUCAACGACCUCGAAGCCUUCAACAUGCAUGAAUUUAAUAUCCUGGAUGGCGGUAAGACCGCACUCGCCUGCACAUAUCGAACCCAAACGAUCAGCUUUGCCGAUUUCGGCAGACCCGGCGAGGAAACCUGGGCACAGACUGGUGGAUUCGUCGAGCUGGAUGUCAACAACGCCAAUGUUCUCUUUGAGUGGGAUUCCAAGGACCAGAUUUCUGUCUCAGAAUCCGCAGUUCUAAACGCCUGGAGUGCCGCAUUGGGUCCACCCGGCACAGACUAUGUUCAUAUCAACGCCGUCGACAAAAACGAAGCCGGCAACUACAUCAUCUCUAUGCGUUUUACCAACACCAUCUACAUGAUCUCCGGCAUCGAUGGUCACAUAAUGUGGCGUCUAGGCGGAAGGCAAAGCGACUUCGAUAUGGACUUCACUUUCCACAAGCAGCACGAUGUGAAAUUCAUCGAGUCGAACAGUACACGCCACGUUAUCUCGUUGAUGAACAACGGCGCGGACGAGGGCUAUGCCGACGAGCGUGUCUCCGCGGCUCUCUAUAUCGACAUUGACGAGGCCGCCAUGACGGCCCGCGUGAUCCAGCGCAUUGAGCGACCCGACGGCGGUCUCACCCGUUUGCGCGGUAACGUCCAACAACUCCCAAACCAGAAUACAUUCAUCGGAUGGAGUCAAUGGGGAUACCACUCCGAGCACGCUCCUAAUGGAGACCUGCUCAUGUGGGCCAAGUUUUCAUCUGAGCGAUUCUCGAGCUACCGAUCUUACAAAUUUGACUGGAUCGGCCGCCCUAAUACCACUCCCGAUGUCGUCUCUUCCGUCUACGGCACCAACAACAAGGACAUCUUAACCAUCAUUCACGUUAGCUGGAACGGAGCCACAGAUAUUGCCCGAUGGAACUUUUACGCUCGCGCCUAUGACAAGGGUGAGAAUGUCUUUAUUGGACACGCCGAGAAGUCUGAUUUCGAGACUAUGUACUUGGCAGACGGGUUCAUGGACUGGGUCUCCGCAGAGGCAGUCGACAGCGAAGGAAAUGUCCUGGGAACAUCAGAUCUCCAUCGAACCAACAAGCCGGAUGACUGGAAAGCCAUCGGAUUCGAAGGAGCUUCUUCGCCAAGUCCAGACGACCCUUCCAUUCUCUAUGUUAGCGAUGAUACCAGCGAUGACACCAGCGAUGACACCACCGAAGACGCGGUCGAUAAUUCUCAAAGCUCCAUCGACUCGAAGGUCAAGUCGCAGGAAGCCGUUUACUCCGAAACGAAAGACGUCGCCAAGGCGGUCUACAAGGCAUAUGAGAUCCUGCGUGGAGUAGAGGGCUUUAUCGUCCUGGUCCUGCUCGUUGGAUGCAUCGGUGGGGCCGUGGUGGGCGCACGGAGGUUUCUUCGUCGCCGCCAGGUGCGCUCUUAUAAGAAUAUCCCCACUGAGGAGGGUGGGGAAGCGGGUGAGAAUAUUCCCGUGGAAGAGAUUCCGUUGCGUCGGAACUCGAAUGGGUGA